CAGGCGCGCCUGGCGGCCCGGCUCUGGAGCAUAAACAAGAGCGGGGUCGGGAUGAGGUGGUUGUUGAUGUCCGAGCGGCGAGUGGCGGCGAGCGGGGCCCGGCGCCGACCCUGAGGUCACCCCGACCUGCCCUCCCGCGCGCGAGCUCCGGGCCGGGCCCACCCGCCGCGCGCCCACCAUGAACCUGGCGAGUCAGAGUGGCGAGGCUGGCGCCAGCCAGCUGCUCUUCGCCAACUUCAACCAGGACGUCACGUCUCUAGCUGUUGGUAGUAAAUCCGGUUAUAAAUUUUUCUCCCUUUCUUCUGUGGAUAAACUGGAACAGAUCUAUGAAUGCACUGACACUGAAGAUGUGUGCAUCGUGGAAAGAUUGUUCUCAAGCAGCUUAGUGGCCAUCGUUAGCCUCAAAGCCCCCAGGAAGCUGAAGGUUUGCCACUUUAAGAAGGGGACCGAGAUCUGCAACUACAGCUACUCCAACACCAUCCUGGCUGUGAAGCUGAACAGGCAGAGGCUGAUCGUGUGCCUGGAGGAGUCUCUGUAUAUACACAACAUCCGGGACAUGAAGGUGCUGCACACCAUCCGGGAGACGCCCCCAAACCCCGCAGGCCUGUGUGCGCUGUCCAUCAACAACGACAACUGUUACCUGGCGUAUCCAGGCAGCGCGACCAUCGGGGAGGUGCAGGUCUUUGACACCAUCAACCUGAGAGCUGCAAACAUGAUCCCGGCCCAUGACAGCCCUUUAGCCGCACUGGCCUUCGACGCCAGCGGAACCAAGCUCGCCACUGCUUCCGAGAAGGGGACCGUGAUUAGGGUAUUUUCCAUUCCAGAAGGACAAAAACUCUUCGAGUUCCGGAGAGGAGUGAAGAGGUGUGUGAGCAUCUGCUCCCUGGCCUUCAGCACGGACGGCGUGUUCCUGUCCACCUCCAGCAACACGGAGACUGUGCACAUCUUCAAGCUCGAGACUGUGAAAGAAAAGCCUCAGGAGGAGCCCACCACCUGGACCGGCUACUUCGGGAAGGUGCUCAUGGCGUCCACCAGCUACUUGCCCUCCCAAGUGACAGAAAUGUUCAACCAGGGCAGAGCCUUUGCCACAGUGCGCCUGCCUUUCUGUGGCCAUAAGAACAUCUGCGCGCUGGCCACAAUCCAGAAGAUUCCCCGAUUGCUGGUGGGAGCCUCGGACGGGUACUUAUACAUGUACAAUCUGGACCCCCAGGAGGGAGGCGAGUGCACCUUGAUGAAACAGCACAAGUUGGACGGCAGCAUGGAGACGACCAACGAGAUCCUAGACUCCACGUCCCACGACUGCCCAUUGGUGACGCAGACAUACAGCACGGCUGUGGCCAAGGGUCCUCACCUGCCUUCGUCCCCAACGGCACUGGCCUACGCGGACGAGCUGGGCGCGGUGGGCGGCGCGGGCCUGGAGGACGAGGCCCGCGCCCUGCGGCUGGAGGAGGACAGCGAGCAUCCUCCCAUGAUUCUCCGGACAGACUGAUCGUGACCUGUGAGCUCUUCGGACCCCCGAGGCUGAGAACACUGGCCGACAGAGGACUUGGCGUCAUGCUGCUAUGAACUUUGACCCGAGUUGGGGGAGAGAAUGGCAGAGACUUCAAGAGGACAAAAAAAAGAUUGUAGCUGUAGUCUCAUUCCAUGCUGUCGAGAAAUACAUUGGUCUCACUUCAGUGGCUUUUAAUCCUGCUUAUGAAUUUCAGCUUUUUGUUGGUUUUCUCAUUUUGCCAAAAUUAACUGUUUGGUGAAGCCCUUGAAACCGCCUUGCUUUGCAUGUAUUAAUGUGCCGAUCCAGCCCGGGAGAGCUAGAGCCACUUCCUGACAACCUGCAGGCCUUUGGGUUUUCAAUCCUACAGACUGGGGAGCGGCCCCGAGAAGGCAGCAGCGAGCGGAGCGGGUCACGCGGGGCCGGGUGGCGACCCGGAGGGGAGUCCCCUCUCCCUAGAGCCCCUCCGGGACCAUUUUCCCCGUUUUAUUUUGUUAAUUAAAUUCUUUCCAAAUUGGAUUUUCUGGGGUUUCUUCUGCGGUGGAUUUUUGUUUCUGGUCUUGUUUUCCACGUGGGUGUUAGAAGAGAGAGGUUCUUCCCGACCUUGAAACCCUUUUGCUCUGAUAGCACGUGAGCUUGAAAGACCGCCAAGGAACAGCAGAGUGAGGGAAGGCCACGUAGGUAAAUCAUCUGGGCUUUGCUGUGAUCUUCCUGUUGAACAACUGUGUGUGUGUGUUUGUGUUUGUUUUUUCAAGGAACGUUUGUGGCUGCUUCUUUGCCCAUAAAGCACAGAAUUCAGAUGUGAUAGGCACCUGAGUUGUGCUCUUAGCUCGAGCUCCACUGUCUGGGGGGGUCCUUCUUACCUGUGUCAGGAGGAGGAGAGAGGAAGCUGGCUGGAGACACCUUGCUUACAGGGUGACCUGGGCCUGUUUGUUUUCGUCUUCAAAAUUGUUCAGCAAAAGUGAUGAGAGAUUGUGGUCACAAGCUCAGCGUUUGCCUGGCUUCCCUUCUCAUUCUCAUAGAAUUUAAACAACCUCAAAUACCUCGAACUCUGCAUUCCAAACCAAGACACGUAGCAGUUAAUGUUUUGAGGGAUUUUAAGAGGAGUUGGCGGCAUGAAAGUUGGUUCUGGCUUCUCGGGGACGGUGACGGUUAAGGAUGGAAGCGGAAAAGCAACAGUGUCUGCCUUCCCUCUUCUUUGAACAGAGGAAGGGUCUGGGGUGUCUGUUCCAGGUUGUGUGUGUACCUGGGUUGUGGCGGUCAAGUGGCUUGUGUCGGGGAAGCAGUUGUCAAACUGACUGCCCCCUUCCAGUGCCCAGCUCCAGGGUCAGUCCCUGAGCCUCAGGCUGCUUGUCCAGUGGUUGACCCGGUGCAAGGGGUGCCCGGGGCACAUGUGACCGCAGCAGAAAUCUGCAGAAACGCUCGUUGUGGCAGUGAUGUGAAGUGCUACGUUAGAGGAGAAGGUGGGAACAUAGUCAGCUUUCCCCCAAAGCCUCCGUGCAUCUGUCCUGGAUCCCUGACUAAACAGGAAGCCCCGGCGGUGGGUCUGGUACCCGGGCCCCUGCUGAGCCCUGAGCGAGGACAGGGGGGCCCGGCGGCCCCGUCCACCCGGCCAUGCCUGGAGCUCCCUCCCUCUCUGUCUCUUGAAGCAGGCUCGGGGUCUGUCUCCUUGGUGUCAGAGCAUCCGUGGCUGCUGUGAUGCCCAGGAAGAGAGCAGCCUCCCUGUCAACUGGUCCCAGCCCUGCUGGUCGACUCCACGCUUGGAGUGUUUGGGGGAAUCAGAUCUGCUUCACUGGGUUUCUCUUGUGAAAGGCACGUGGUUUUGUCAUUCUUUGGGGUCAGUCAUCCCAGCAGACGGGGUCAGCGUCAGUUCCCCUCGCCGUGGGGCCCGGACGGCCCAGGCGCUGUCUUCUCGGAUGUGAGAGCCCUUUGCUCGCCCGGGUCACUGAAACCUGCGCGCCGCCGAGAGGGGGUCCGAGGAUUCUUGGUUGAGAAGAACCGAAAGGAUGGGUGGGCGUUUGCGGACCAGCCUUUGGAGGGGUGGGCGCCCCUGCACCUCCCUUGCCGGUUCCGUUGCCCGAGCAUCCCUUCCUCUGCUCCACGUGGGUCCGAGUCCCAACGUCACCAGCCUGAGGCCCCUGCAGGAGGCUCAAGACAGCAGGGGCAGAGGCCGCUGAGUGGUCAACAGCAGGACUCUGCCAGGACGAGGCGGGGGACUCAGCCGGACCCAGCAGAGCACGUGUCCUGGUUGGCUGAACCCCCAAACUACACACCAGUGUUAAUUUUUUAAGUCAUAGUUUACCAAACUUAAGAUUACUUGUCACUGCCGGGAAACUUAAUGGACUUGCGUGGAUCGGGACCAGAUCUUUUGUACUUUCUAAAUGAUGGGGCCGAGCAUCAGCUUGAACCUGGAGUUAAGGACUGAAUUCAGCCCCCGAUUCUACCACUGCUGGCGGUGGCCCUGGAGCCUCGGGCUCUGGACUGGACAGCGGGAGCCGUCCCUGCCCACAGCUCUCGUGAAGUGUAACUCGAAGUGGGCGCCCAGCCAGCAUUGAAACAGAAACCCGUCUUACGGAACUGAACGCAUCGUUUUCCUUCAGCUCUGGUUCCUGAGCGCAAAGCCGGUGGGAAUUGGUAUAAACCACUUUCACACACCAGGUUCUGUGUGGUUCCCUUUCGUCCCCUGGACGCCCAGAGCAGUGGGUGGACGUGGGCAUCGGUCUGGAGACUUGCCGAGUCUCAGACGCUAGCACCACCCAUGUGGCUACAGUUUGCCACCAGAGCCUGGGGCCUGCGCUCUCGUCCCAGCAUGAACUCCCUUCCGGCCAAGACGGGACAUGAACUCCUGCCUUCCUGGUGUCUCCUGGAGCCUCCAGCCCUGCCCUCUGUCAGGGCUCCCAGCCCAGGAGUGGGCGACCGAGCUCUGCCUGUUCAUGGGUUUGUUUGGGGAGAAGAGAGAGAAUCUCGCCUCCCCCACGGCCAACAGUGACCAUGUGCUGGAGAGACGAGAAGUGCCCAGGUCCCUGCUUAGCAAAGGAGCACAGGACGGCCAGCAAUGGGGUCAUCUUCCCGGCCUGUUGCCUGCCAGCAGCUGCUGUUCCAGUGAUGCGCUGGCGCAGGGCUGCCCGUGAGCCAUGCUCGGGGGUGGUGUUUGUCCCCCGCCCCCCCAAAAAAUCUCUGUAGGUCCUCUUUUGCAUGCAGGGAAUGACGGGAUCUCUGGUUUUAAAUGUACAUGUGAAACCAUAGGUAGCACAGCUGAAAAUCCAAAUACGUUAUUUUACAAGUGUACUUAAUCAUUCUUAAGGUGGGUGGGCUGAAAACUUGGGCUUGGGUUUGGGUGUCAGAAAUGUGAAAACAAAGUGCACGCAAGCCAUCGGCAUUUGGUUUGGGGGGACGCUUUACACAGGAUUCUCUUCGUGAGUAACUUCUUUCUUACUGAAAAUAUGUAAUGAUCGCUAAUAGCCAAGCAGACAGAUUCCACUGCUGUAUAUUUUAGUUCUUACCCAGGUCAAAAUCCUUGGCCCGUGUUGUACCUUUUUAUUCUGUGGAUUUUGUGAAGCACAAAAAAAAUUGGAUUUUGAGGCAUGACCAGCCCUUAGCCUUCCCUAAGGUAUCUGACCAGAAAAGUCUCUAAUUUGGGAGAAUUAAAUCUUUUUGAAGCUCA